GAGCGCCGGGGUGCGGCGGGCAUGGAGCGGGGCCGGGACGGGGAGGAGGAGCUGGAGGAGGAGGAGGAGGAUGAGGGUGAGGAUGAGGAUGGCGGCCCGGAGAGCGCCCUGGAGAAGAGCCCGUUCCAGCUGACGGCCGCGGAUGUCUACGACAUCUCCUCCGUGGUGGGCCGAGACCUGCUGCAGCUCCGCGCCGGGCCGCAGCUGCCCGCCGCCCGCGCCCGGCUGCAGUUCAGGAUCGUCAGGGUGCUGGAGAUGCUGGAGGCGCUGGUGAGCGAGAGCAGCGUGGUCGAGGAGCAGCUGCGGCGGGAGCGGGACAGCCUCCGGCGGGAGCUGGAGCAGCUGCGGGCGGCGGCCCGCGGGAGCGCCCCGCAGCCCAGCCUUGGACCAGAUCAAAUGGUGAUAGACCUCACAGACCCCAACCGGCCCCGGUUCACGUUACAAGAGCUCCGAGAUGUAUUGCAAGAGAGGAACCAGCUGAAAGCUCAGCUUCUGGUGGUGCAAGAGGAGCUACAGUGCUAUAAGAGUGGGAUCAUCUCACAGAAAAGGGACCAAACUGAAGAACUGGACAAAGAAGCCAGUGGCAGCAGUGCUGGCACCAGAAAGGACAGUGAAGAGAAGACAAUCAUCAAACGGCUGUUUUCUUUUAAACAUGGAAAAUGAGCAUCCUCAAGGACUUUGCUGCUGGUGAGAAUGGCACUGAUGAGCCUCAGAGGCAUUGGGAAAGACAAUGACUGGAAGCAGCAGCAUCACUCCUACUGUAGAGAAUGAGCAAUCUCAUUAAAAUCAUGUUGUAAAAUAUUCUUUCAGAAUAGAUUUUACUCUGCUUUUUCAGAAAUUGUUUGAAACAGACACUUUUUGUAUUUCUUACUGUCAGACAUUAUCUACAUGUAGAAAAUAAAAUGUUUGUACAAA